GUAAAUCAUUUGUGGCAGCCUGGUGUAUCCGCAGCAGAUUCCCGGAGAAACGUUUCCUUCCCGACGAUCGGUGUGCAUCAGUUCUAUCGAGAUGUCCAAACCGGCAGGAACACAACAGCAGGAGCUGCCCAGCUAUCUCACGGAAUCGCUGAUCAAGCGGUCGCUCGAGCACGAUCUGCAGCGCCCUGUAACGGUCGAUCGUUUCACCGCAGGACCUGCAACGGUAGCCGGUGAUAACUAUCUGAGUGAUGUGUUCUGGAUCCGGGUGGAAUACGACGGUGGAUCGGCUGAGAAACGGCUGCUAGCGAAAUGUAUGCCGGAUGUUGGUGAUCGUGGUGCUACAUUGGACGUGCUGGAUGCAUUUCGCAAAGAGUCGGAAACGUUCCAACACUUGCUGCCCGAGUUCAGUCGACUUAUUGCCGCUGACGAGAAGGAACAGUUUGGGGCGAAAUGUUACUACGCCACAACCGAACCCGUUCGAACGAUCGUGUUCGAGGAUCUGAAAGCGCUUGGGUUUCGCAUGUGCGAUAGAACGAAAGGUGGGCUGGAUUUCGAGCAUAUGGCGCUGGUAAUGCGCAAGAUUGCUAAGUUCCAUGCCGCCUCAAUGCUGUACGCCAAGCAGAGCCCAGAUCACGAACGUCGUUUGGCCUCGCGCUAUGCGUACGGACUCCACAAUCCACUGGAAAAGCCCGACGAAUGUCGCAUUCUGGAAGCAUUCCAGAAAGGGUUGGAAAAAUUCCUUUCUGUUGCAAGCGGUUGGCCAGAGCUGGAUUCGGCGGUGUUGCAGAAGCUGGAAACAAUACGGCCAACCUUUAAGCAACGCAUUGCCGACUGUGUCAAGCCACAGCAACCGGGUGCACGCUACAAGGCACUCAACCAUGGCGAUUUGUGGAGCAACAACAUGAUGUUCCGGUAUGAGAACGAUUCUUCCGUGCGAGAGAUCAUGUUCGUCGAUUACCAACUUUCGACGUAUGGCAGCCCGGGAUUAGAUCUUGUCUACACGCUCUACAAUUGUCCACAGCGGGAUAUUCGUCUUGAUCGACGUGAGGAAAUGUUGAAGGUGUACCACCAGGCUUUGCGCGAAACAUUGAAAAAGAACCAAUACGAAGCUGUGCCUUCGUUAGAAGAUGUUAAAGAGGAAUUUACCAGGAAUGAAUUUUUCGGACUCGUUUGCUCAAUUACAUUCCUUCCGAUCAUGACGAUGGAACGAUCAAACGAUUUGGACUUAAGCUUCGACGCUUUCUUUAAAGACGACCAUGGAGAACGUGUUCGGGAUGUACAGUACAAUGGAGCGGUAUUUCGUCAGGCGGUAGUACCGAUACUGCACAAUCUUCACGCUCGUGGCUAUAUCCAGUAAUUGAAGAUUCGCUCCCGCGAAUCCCUUUUACAUCUAUCAACUUUUACACCUUGUCCAAGGAGCUCUGUACAAGUACAAAAUAAAAAAGUGAUCAAGAAGAUAGCAAA